AUGAACCAAGCAUCCCUUAGCAGGAAGCGCGCUCCAAUGCGAGCAAUGAUUACAAAGACUAUUAAGGAAAUUGAAUUGGCGCUAGAUACCAGAGAUCAGACGACGUUUGAGACAAAGAUUCAUUGGUUGAAAAUGAAAGGUGAAGAAUUAGCGAAAAUGGAUGAAGAAAUGAUGAAUAUUCUUGCCGAGUCGAAUGAUUCGGAAGAAGUCCUAAUAUCAGAAGCCGAAGGCGCGCAGCACUACCAAGAAGAAAUAUACCGCUGCACUUUAUUGAAUACGAGUUGUGAAAUUACAUCCGCUGGUGUUACUGUAUCGAAUAGACCGGAAGUAGGUAGAAUUAAGUUACCUAAGCUAGAUUUACGAGUUUUUAAUGGAGAAUUAGAGGAGUGGCUCGGCUGGUGGGCUCACUUUGAAAAGAUCGACAAAGCUUCUUUGGACGACGCAGAGAAAUUUCAAUAUCUGGUGCAGGCUCUGGCAGGACCUGCGAAAGAAUUAGUUUUAGGAUUCCCGCCAACGUCUGAAAAUUAUCCUAAGGCUUUGAAUUCCCUAAAAGAACGUUACGGAAACCAAGAUUUAUUAGGCGAAUUGUAUACGAGAGAUUUAUUGCAGCUUUGCAUACGACAGUCGAAAUCUAGACAGGAUAUUCUUCAAAUUCAUGAUAAGGUUGAGACAGCAUUACGUUCUCUAGAAAGUUUGCAAAUUAAUAUGAAAGAUUGUGCUCCUAUAAUUACCCCAUUAGUUGAAUCUACUCUUCCUGAGGAAACGCUCAAAGCAUUUCGACGCGCAUUACCUGUUGAGAAGCAAUCAUCUAAAGAUCGACUAACAUUUUUACUGCAAUUCCUGAAAAAAGAAAUUGAUACAGAGCAGAGGGUUAAUGUUAAAAUUGAAGGAAAAGAAACAGAAAUUAGAGCUAGUAGCGGUCCAAUAGAAAUGUUGAUAGGAGCUGAUUAUUUCGGUUCUCUACUGACCGGAAACUGA